CAAUAAGAUAACAGUGUGUUUGUAUUAUCUUCUACUUUAUCAAGCCUUGGUGGGCAUCAAGUUACAACUGGAUCGCAUUUCAUAGUUAAAAUUGAAUCACUUUGCUUGAGCAAUAACACACAUUGACCCUGCUCCAUAUUUCGCGCCGUGUGCUGUCAGUGUCCAGAACGUCGACGAGAUCUGCAGCGUUCACGUGCGCUGCUCUUCAGAAAGCGAGGAUCAACAUUAAACACAUUCAAACUAAAGCCCCGACACAAUGGCAUCAAAAAAGCAGAGUUUACGGAGAGAAGCGUCUCAUCAAAUCAUUGCAGGUGGAUCAGCAGGUCUUGUGGAGAUUUGCUUGAUGCACCCGCUGGAUGUUGUAAAGACCAGGUUUCAAAUCCAAAGAGGGAAAGGAGAUCCAAAUAGCUAUAAAGGCCUUGGACACUGCUUCAGAACUAUAUUCCAGAAUGAGGGGCUCUACGGCUUCUACAAGGGAAUCCUUCCCCCCAUUUUGGCCGAGACCCCAAAGAGAGCAGUGAAGUUCUUCACCUUCGAGCAGUACAAGAAGCUGUUGAGUUUUACUCCUUUAUCGCAAGCCGUGGCCCUCUCUGUGGCUGGCCUGGGGUCCGGGCUAACCGAGGCGCUGGUUGUAAAUCCAUUCGAAGUGGUGAAAGUGAGCCUACAGGCCAACAGGGAUUCAUUCAAAGUGCAACCCUCCACAUUUGCACAAGCUCGAACUAUCAUAAACGCAGAUGGCCUGGGUCUCCGUGGCCUUAACAAGGGGCUAACCUCCACUUUGGGACGACACGGUGUCUUCAACAUGAUCUAUUUUGGUUUCUACUUCAACGUUAAAGACGCUAUUCCUGCCAGUCAGGACCCUACGCUGGAGUUAAUGAGGAAGUUUGCUAUCGGUUUGGUGUCGGGAACGGUGUCGUCUUGUGUGAACAUUCCGUUUGAUGUCGCCAAAAGUCGUAUCCAAGGUCCUCAGACUGAUCCGGGGCAGAUCAAAUACCGCAGUUGCUUUCAGACCAUGGGCCUCGUGUACCGUGAGGAGGGAUAUCUUGCCUUAUACAAAGGACUGAUUCCCAAGAUAAUGAGACUUGGACCAGGAGGUGCCAUCAUGCUGCUGGUGUAUGAAUAUGUAUCUGCGUGGCUACAGAAGAACUGGUGAUGAUCUCAGAUGUUCUCAGCUGUUUUGCAGGGGACUGAGAGGUAUUUGAGAGCUACCUGUCCACAUGCCUGCAUACUUAACAGCAACACUCCACACCCAAACGGAUUACCUUCACCAACACAAAAUAGAGGAAACAGAUUCAGUGUGCUGUUUUUAGCCUAAACCUUUGGCUUUAUUUCUCGUGUCUGUUUUGAAGUAGUAUUUCAAUACAGUGAAGGUGAGGAACACAUCUACUGUAUUGAUAGGUAGACAACUCAGGACUUAACUGUAUUAAAUUGUUGAGAUAUCUGAUGUGCUCAAGGUCUUACCUCAAUAGCUUUAAAGGGAUAGUUCACAAAAAAAUGACAAUUCUGUCAUUACAUUUCCUCUUGUUAAUUCAAACCUGUAUGACUCUGCAGAACACAAAAGAAAAGAAUGUUGAAGGAUGUUGGUUAACAAUCGACAGCGAUACCCAUUGACAUGCAUUGGUUUUGUGUCUAUACAAUAGAAGUGAGCUUUCAUUUUUGGUUAAACUAUCCCUUUAACAACUUUGAAAGUGUUUCAAAUUAAGUGCACAAACAAGAUUUUUAUGAAGGUUAGCAUUUUAUCUGAAAUAUCAAUUGUUUAUUGAUUUCAGGAAUUUGUGUUAAUAAAUUGAAACAGAUCAUUGCAAACAGUAUAAUGCACCAAAGAGAGCUACAAAAGCUAAGUUGGGGUGAAGUACAAUACAAUAUUUUUAAAGCCAAAAAGACUUAAAAAAAUGUUGGGAUUUUAACAUAUUUUUUUCAAAUAAAAACAAAAUUACAAUAAAGCAGCAACUUAGAAGUUUCUCUUCUUUUACAUUUUAAAUACAUUUUGUCAAUAUCAUGUAACAGUUGUUUUUUUGGUG